CUCUAGCGUAAGGCAGAGUCAUCAUUGAAUAGAGUGUGAGUGUGGGACACACAGGAAGUGGCCGGGGACCGGCUUGUGAAGAGGAAGAGAAAGGUCCUGUCCGCUCUGUGCGACACUGAAGUGAAGACAAACAGCAGCUGGCAGGGAUGGCCGGGGAGAUGACGAUUCUGGGUUCCGCAAUUUUGGCUCUGCUACUAGCGGGUUAUUUGGCACAGCAGUAUUUGCCUAUGCCCACUCCGAGAGUGAUCGGCAUAGACCUUGGGACGACAUAUUGUUCUGUCGGAGUGUUUCACCCAGGGACGGGUGAAAUUAAAGUCAUCACAGACGAGAACGGGCAUCAGAGCAUACCAAGUAUUGUGUCCUUUACUGAAAAGGAUGUCUUUGUGGGAUACGACGGCUUGGAACUCGCUGAUGCCAAUCCUCACAAUACCAUCUAUGAUGCCAAAAGAUUUAUUGGAAAAAUCUUUACCCCCGAGGAGUUAGAAAAGGAAAGCGUGAGGUAUCAGUUCAAGGUCUUGAAUCGCAAUGGUGAUGUGUUCUUUUCUGUAACAACCAAUGAGACAUUUGCGGUAACACCAGAAUACAUCGGCUCCCAGCUGCUGCUGAAACUAAAGAAAAUGGCAGAAGACUACCUCGGCCUACCAGUUUCCAAGGCAGUUAUCUCUGUGCCGGCUGAGUUUGAUGAGCGACAGCGCAACUACACUGUAAAGGCUGCUAACCUUGCUGGUCUAGAUAUCCUGCGAGUUAUCAACGAACCCACGGCAGCAGCAAUGGCUUAUGGGCUGCACAAGGUUGACGUCUUUAAUGUCCUUGUUGUGGAUUUAGGAGGAGGCACUUUGGAUGUUUCUCUGUUGAAUAAACAAGGGGGGAUGUUUCUGACAAGGGCUAUGGCAGGCAACAACAAACUGGGAGGACAGGACUUCAAUCAACGACUUCUACAGUAUCUGUAUGACAAAAUAUACACCCGUUAUGGGUCUGUGCCAUCGCAGAAAGAAGAAAUCCACAGGCUCCGACAAGCUGUAGAAGCAAUAAAAUUAAACCUUACUUUCCAUAAUUCAUCGUGGGUGCGUAUGCCUUUAACUCUAGCCUCAAAGCAUCCACAUUCUUCAAAGCCUGAUAUGAUGAUUCCAGAGCAGUUUUCAGAAAAUACUGGGGACAUCCACCCCAAACCAGCACACUUGGGUGACGGUUCCAGUAGUUCUCAACCCCAAAUCCAAAAGAAGGACCCCAUUUUGGAAAAGGUUUAUUUCGAGAUAGAGAUAACCCGCCGUAUCUUCGAAGCUUUGAAUGAGGAUCUCAUUCAGAAGAUUUUAAUCCCUGUUGAGGAAGUGUUAAAAGAAGGUCACGUCCUUAAAGAAGAAGUUGAUGAAAUUGUAUUGGUUGGUGGCUCUACCCGAAUACCCCGCAUCCGCCAAGUAAUCCGGGACUUCUUCGGCAAAGAGCCGAACACGUCGGUAGAUCCAGAUCUGGCAGUAGUGAUUGGAGUGGCCAUACAAGCCGGCAUCAUGGGAGGUUCUUGGCCUCUCCAAGUCAGCGCAAUAGAAAUUCCAAAUAGACAUCUACGGAAAAGUAACUUCAACUGAAAUAUGUGCACAGUAAUAGCCUAUUCUGUCAGUUCAUUCCGUGCAGUUCAAAAUAUGUAUUUAAAAGAUGCUAAUAAUAUAUGUAUAUAUAUACAGUAUAUAAAUAUAUAUAUUAUAUACAGCCUUUGUAUUUUCUGUCCACCUCUACAAACACAGAAGAAUUUUUAAUGGACAAAGGAAAAAAAAAAUAUUUGUAUUUUUCCUGUACUGGACUACAAAAAAAAAAGGUUUAUUUAUAAAAUAUACGGACACUGCCGAUGGACUUGGCUUUUAUCUGCA